ACUGAAUCUCGCCUGGUUAUUUGGCUGGAGCGACUUCAGGAGGGACACACGCUCAGAUCGGAUCAAUCAGAUCAGACAUUACAUUUGAUUUGACGUGGAAAACAGAUAUGGAGCAGUGAGCUGUCUGAUAAUCCAGCAGUCUGGGUGUGUUUGCGCGUUAUUGUAAAGAUUUUCUAGAAACCUGUCAUUCCGAAGCGGAGGCGCACACAAGAGAAAUGGAAGAAAAGUCUAAAUCUGCAAUAGUCAGUGUACUACAUGAGAAAAACGCAAAGUGAAGUCUUCUUUUAAGGAUACAUCACAAGGUUCCUCAAAUCUUAGCCAUGGUACAUCGCUGGAGAUUGGGCUUGAGACAUUACUGCCUUGCUGGUCUGCUCCUCUUACUUUACCUGUCCAAUUCUCUGUCAGAUAGAGUGCCUCCCCACCUUUCUCAGCAUCCUCACAUCCCCUCUCUGGUACCUCAUACACCCCUGCUCCUCUCCCGCUCCCACUUCAGUGCAAAGGCCCAGCUGGAUUUCACCACCCACUGCAAUUCCAGCUGCUAUCACAAGGGUGUUGAUCAAGAACAUCUAACCGAACAACUAGGCUUUGAGACUUUGUAUGCAGAUGGUUCACGUACUUUAACCACAGUCAAUCUUGACGACAAUGACACUGACACUGACAACGACAUCGAUGCUAUAUCGUUUAACAGGAGGAAGGUCCCGAUUUCACUUCGUAAAAGAAAGAAAAGGCAAAUCUACGGUGCAGAUGGACGCUUUAACAUCCGUGGCGACGACUUCCUGCUGGAUUACCCCUUCUCCACAGCCGUGCGGAUCUCAACAGGCUGUACUGGUGUGCUGGUGUCUCAGCGACAUGUGCUGACUGCUGCUCACUGCAUACAUGACGGGAAAGACUAUGUUAAAGGUGCACGCAAGCUCAGGGUUGGAUUUCUCAUUCCACCCUCAAUUAAUUCCACCCUAACUAAGGAUGACUUAAAGAAGCCCACAGUGCGUUGGGUAAGGGUCAGGCGGACAAGGGUGCCUAAAGGUUGGAUUCAAGGUCCCCAGGAGGUCAGUAUGGAUUAUGACUAUGCUCUUCUGGAGCUGCGUUGGCCACAUCGUCGGCCCUUUAUGCGCCUUGCCGUGGCUCCUUCUUCUAACGACUUGGCUGGAAAACGCAUUCACUUUUCUGGAUUUGACAGCGACAGACCUGGAGAGCUUGUGUAUCGUUUCUGCCCUGUAGAGGACGAGUCCAACGAUCUAAUUUACCAGCACUGUGAUGCCCGACCUGGGGCAAGUGGCUCUGGGGUUUAUGGUCGUGUGUGGGACAACGCUCUGGAACGCUGGGAGCGAAAGGUGAUUGGCAUCUUCUCUGGACACCAGUGGCUGGAGGUCGACGGUGAGAACCGUGACUACAACGUAGCUGUGCGUUUGACCCCACUGAAAUUUGCUCAGAUUUGUUACUGGGUGCAUGGGAACAAAGCAGACUGCAGUCAGAAUUAAUUUAGAUAAGGAGGAGAACUUAAAAAUGACUAAUAAAAGGUCCUUAAAGAUGCACUUUUACAGUCAGUCCUUAAAUAUUGAAGAUUUUAUCAUCAAGGUUUAAUUUCCUUCAAAUUGAAUUAAAUACCACAUUUGUUGUUAAAUUGGACUUUUAUUUAUAGAAGUUAAAAAAACUUUUGCCUCUCUUUAUUGUAAGAUAUUUAUUUUGUAUCUUUGAGGUAAAGGUUUUUUCGAGACUUAGACCUGUAACAGAGGGGUGAGGGAUAGCUUAGUGCACUUGAUUCAUAACUUAAUAGUACUGAGAUGUAUAGUUUGUCCGAUUCAUUUUUCUAAUGCUGUGGUAGCUGGGGCAAAUUUACACUAGGUCAGUUUCUUGAAUGUAAUACUGUGUAUCAUAUUAAUAUAUUAAUAUGGUGUCACUGUCUGUACAGCUAAAAGUAUUGUAGAUAUCCAUUUAAACAAGCAAAGUUUUGCCUGGUAGGUACAUAAGCUGUACAUUGGCAGUAGUAUUUAUCAUCCAAGGAUGACACUUUUCUAACAGAUCCGUUUUAGUCCAGUGUCAGUACCUGACCUCAGAACUUAUGUUGUGACUAAAUGGAAGUAAAUCCCUGCAGACAUGUUUUAAAAUUUAGUGGAAACCUCUCCACUAAAUCCAUACAUUUCAAUGUGAUGUUUGAAUGUCAUGUGUCCAUGAACAUUUGACCAUAUAGUGUCAUAAGAUUGUCAACUAAAUGUGUUUUAAAUUGUGGUUUAUUUUUAGGUAUACAAAGUGAAUGACUGUGAGGUGAUUGGUAAUAUAGAGUUUAACAGCUUUAACAAGCUAAAAUACACCAGGAAAAUGACUUGCUAGAUAGAUAGCAGUGCUAGCAGGGAUGGGGGGGGGGGUACUGAUGUUUAAUAUAUUUCUAUUUUCUAUUUCUGUUAAAAUGCUUCUAUUUUAAUAAACAAAGUGAUAUUUAA